AUGCUGCGUGUUCACGACAAUGCGCUGCUUCGUUCGGUGUCAGUGCUGCCUGUGUUGAUGGUAGCAGCGAUCAUAACGUUGGAAUACUAUGUGUUUAUGACGGAGCACUGGGUAAAAGAGUUCCAGAGGUCGGUGGGGUUCUUCGUACCGCUGCGGAUACUGGAAGCAAUAAUCUUCCACUUUGUGGUUGGAUGCAUGCUGGUGGCGUAUUAUAAGGUGGUGUUCACAGACCCUGGAUAUGUCACGCCUACAGUUGUUCAACACAUCAAAGACGCCAUGCAACAAGUGAUGGAAGCAGGAAGCAAAAGUCCACCGAUAAUAAACACCUGUCGGAGGUGCAAACUGCUCAAACCUUUCCGAGCACACCACUGCAGCUUCUGUAAUCGUUGUGUGCUGAAAAUGGAUCACCACUGCCCAUGGGUCGCGAAUUGCGUCGGCGAAGGCAACUACAAAUUCUUCUUUCAUUUCGUCGUGUACGCGUUCUUAGCACUGUCAAUGUGUGUGAGGGCGCUAUCGGGGCCUUUUCAAGCGGCACUCUUCAGUGAAGACGCACCUCGUGGAGCGUCCAACUUCUCUGCCAUGGCAGUUGUCGGGUUCGUAUUGGGCGGUGCGUUGGCUAUCAGUUUGUUGGGAUUCAUAGCAGUUCACUCGUACCUCCUGGUGCACGGAGCCACCACGAUCGAGUGCCACCAGUACGGCCGUGCUUUCCCGUUCAAUCAAGGAUGGCGGAAAAACUUUAAUGACGUGUUUGGAGACACCACAAGAGACUGGUUACUACCCACAACACCCGCACGGAAGCAACGCUACGUUUUGCAUCCAGCAGAGCUCGAGCAUCUCACUGCAGACAGCUGCUUCGGCGACUCCAGUGACCAAGAAGACGACAGUUUGCUAUAG